AUGCUAGUCACUGAGACGGUUAGUAGUGGUAUAAUUGCUGCAUGCCGAGUGCUGAAUAAUAGACAACUCGGUGCUCUGGCUUUACGAAUAGGGUCUGCUGUGGGUAUUAGGAAAGAUGAAAGGGUUGCAAACAUUGCGGAGCAGAUUAAGCUAUUACAUUCAUUGAGCAAGAUUAGAGAGCAAAAAGGCAUGUUGAGCGUCACUUCGAUUGACAUUGGGAUUGCAAACUUUGCAUAUUGUCGAAUGGAAUGGUCGAAAGGAAGCACGGCGCCGACUCUCAUCGAAUUGGAUAAAGUGUCAUUGCAAAGGCAAUUUGCACACAUACUUGCGGCAGAUAAGUCUCUGAGUGCGCCAGUUACUGCGGAUAUGGGCUUUGAGCUGACUGAAUCGUUGUCUAAUAUUUCACAAUUGCCGGAUAUCUUUACUAUCGAGAGGCAACGAGCUCGAUCUAUGUCCUCGAAGACAGUGCUGGAGCCUGUACUGCGAGCAAACAUCUUGGAACAGGUGCUGUUUUCCGGUCUGGUAAAUAAACAGCGAUGGAGCCCUGGUAUGCGAGAUCGUUACAAAGUGCUGUCGUCAGACCCCCAACGAAUGACAAAAUAUUGGUGUGAAAGAAAAGAUACCUUCCCCGUGCACAUUCAGGAAACUCCUCAGUAUUUGAAACUAAUGAUCAAGAGGGCCACCUCAACCACUGCGAACACUAACAAGCUUACCAAGAUGAUCAAGAUGUUUCUGGCGAAGGAUGUGCUCCGAACAGCAGUGCACGAUGAGCACCACUCACUAGUAUCGUUAUCACCAAAGAGCAGGCUUAUAUUCCAAAAAAUCCCCAACAUCACGACAAUGGACUACAGUCUUUACGACACACUGGGGAUGGACCCUUCACAAUCUGGGGCAAGAAAAGACGAUGAUUUAGCAGAUUCGUUCUUACAUGCUUUAGCAUGGAUGCAAUGGCUCCAGUCAUUAGAUCAAUUAACACCACUUCUACCCAAAGAUCCUGCCAAUAUAACUGCUGUCGAAAAAGAACGAUUCAUUCAACACAUCAAGAGCUUCAUGCCAAGUUUGGAAACGAAAGCUCAUCGAUAA